CUCCACUAGCAAACAGUUUACAAUGUACCUCAAUCGCUCUUAAAUCUAUUUUUUAAACGGUUUUAUUCAGCUCCACGCCGAUGCGAUCGGGACCGGACGCUUGUUUGGGAAUUUAUCAGACGACCUGCCGACUCAAAUCAGCUUUAUAACGCUUUGUUUGAGCACUAUUUUACAAAAUAGUCGAGGAGGAGGAAAUUCCACACAAGCAGCUCAGCAGUGAAAAGCGCCCCUCGCGCUCAUCCGGGUAUUAAAACUGUAGACUCUUGCUAAAGGUUCACAUUGGAGCAAGACUGGAUCACAUGGUGCUGAUACACUUUGGUUGGAUUCUUGAAAAGCGUUUACCUUGCAGAAAUAGAGCUGAUAGUGUGGCUUGUGUCCUGUGUGCUGACCUCAUGGUGUAAGCAAGUGUGAAGAUGAGUAUUAGCAGCGAUGAGGUCAACUUCCUGGUGUAUAGAUACCUGCAGGAGUCAGGGUUUUCCCACUCAGCUUUCACAUUCGGCAUCGAGAGCCACAUCAGCCAGUCCAACAUCAAUGGUGCCCUAGUGCCCCCUGCUGCCCUGAUCUCCAUUAUCCAAAAGGGCCUGCAGUACGUGGAGGCUGAAGUCAGCAUCAAUGAGGAUGGCACGCUGUUCGAUGGGCGGCCAAUUGAGUCUCUGUCUUUGAUCGACGCAGUGAUGCCCGAUGUUGUACAGACCCGGCAACAGGCUUACAGAGACAAACUGGCUCAGCAACAUGCCACCGCAGCGCCCUCGACAACCAACACCAACAUGCAGGCUAAUGCCAAAAAUGGAGAGAACACCGCAAACGGAGAAGAGAACGGUGCUCACGCCUUACCUAAUAAUCAUGCAGACAUGAUGGAGGUGGAUGUGGAUGUGGAGAUCCCUCAGAAUAAAGCCAUGGUGCUGAGAGGUCAUGAGUCAGAGGUCUUCAUCUGCGCCUGGAACCCUGUCAGUGACCUGCUUGCUUCUGGGUCUGGGGACUCAACAGCACGGAUCUGGAAUCUGAGUGAGAACAGCAGUAGUAGCUCCACACAGCUUGUCCUGAGGCACUGCAUACGAGAAGGUGGCCAAGAUGUACCAAGCAACAAAGAUGUCACAUCAUUAGACUGGAACAGUGAAGGUACACUAUUAGCCACAGGCUCUUACGAUGGCUUUGCAAGAAUAUGGACUAAAGAUGGUAAUCUGGCCAGUACUCUGGGUCAACAUAAAGGUCCAAUAUUUGCAUUAAAAUGGAACAAAAAAGGAAACUUUAUCCUCAGCGCAGGUGUUGAUAAGACAACAAUCAUUUGGGAUGCUCACACAGGAGAAGCCAAACAGCAGUUCCCGUUUCAUUCAGCACCUGCUCUGGACGUGGACUGGCAGAGUAACAACACGUUUGCUUCCUGUAGCACAGACAUGUGCAUCCAUGUGUGCAAACUGGGCCAGGACCGACCCAUUAAGACAUUCCAAGGACACACAAAUGAAGUUAAUGCAAUCAAAUGGGAUCCGACAGGCAACCUGCUGGCAUCGUGUUCUGAUGAUAUGACUUUAAAGAUCUGGAGUAUGAAACAGGACACUUGUGUUCAUGAUUUGCAAGCUCACAGCAAAGAAAUCUACACUAUCAAAUGGAGCCCCACAGGUCCAGGAACCAACAACCCCAACGCCAAUCUAAUGCUGGCCAGUGCUUCUUUUGACUCCACUGUUCGGUUAUGGGACGUAGAUCGAGGCAUCUGUAUCCACACGCUAACCAAACACCAGGAGCCCGUGUAUAGUGUGGCCUUCAGUCCUGACGGACGGCAUCUAGCCAGCGGCUCUUUUGACAAGUGUGUCCAUAUCUGGAACACACAGACUGGUGCUUUAGUCCAUAGCUACAGGGGAACAGGGGGCAUUUUUGAAGUUUGCUGGAACGCAGCUGGCGACAAAGUAGGAGCAAGUGCGUCAGACGGCUCUGUUUGUGUAUUAGAUCUGCGGAAAUAGCAUUGCUUGCUGGAAGCCAUGGACCGACUAUGAAUGUGUACAUAGCCAAAAUGACUGUCCCUGACCCUCAAACUGCUACAGUCCCUAGUGAACCAUGGCCAGCCACUACAGACAAACAAACAAAACAAGCACCCUGACGCAACAGAGCGGAGAGGAUGUGAUUCCAACCAGAGACAUUCAAAUGACUUUUGUAAGUGAACACAGGUGGGAAUAAGUAAUCUAACGGAGGAAGAAGACACAAGGACUGGUGUAUGUACCAAAUUUGGAAGAUAUUUUACUAUUUGUUCUUCAAAACCAAUCUCAUCAAAAUAAACGAAUGAAAGGAUUUUAAUCUUUGUUGGUAGUUCCCGUCUCAGUGUGCAGACAUAUCAACUUUUUCUUUUUCUCCCUGCCUCUCUUUCUUUCAUCCCCGCACCACACAUUUUAUUUCUUUUAUUUGAAGUCACAGCUGCAUGAUUCCAGGAGUAUUUGUUUUCAUCCAUUUUACACAAAAACAGUUAUUUACAGUUUUUUGGUUCUGGAAUUUGGUGAUUUCAAACAGUGUGGGGACAUUGAAAAAAAAAUACGUUUUAUAUUUUUCUUGUUCUUCAGUUUUUGAUGCUAUGGUGUAACUGUUAUCUAACUAGUUAUUUGAACCUGACCCCGUUGUACACUAAAAGAGAGGCACAUUGUACGGAAUUAACCAGAAAAUGAACACAGGCGCACACAUUUAAAGGAAAUUAAUCUGUUUACUCAUACGACUGUAUUUAAUUGUUUGAUGUUUCCCAGAUCAGUUAAAAUUCAAUGUUAAAUGGUAAACAGUUCUCCAAUCUAGCCUCAAAUCAAGACUGUGACCCAGGAACAUGUAUGACAUGCAUGCAAAUACCGUACAUGCAUGAAGAUGCAGGUUCGCAAUAUUUUUAAACAAACCAUCAGGUGAUUGGCCUUUCACACAUUUUCAUUCUUUAUCCUGUUUGAAUACAGCAGUGGGUUUCUCUUUUGAUGUAUCGGUUAUAUUUGUGUGCAAAUCAAGAAUGAUACUUUUUAAAUAUUUGGCAGUUUUACUCUCAGUUUGUUAAAAGUGGUUUUGUUUCUGCUUUUGUAACUAGUUUGCUUUUUGUCCAUCACCUCUGUCAAAAAACAAAACUCCCUUCUCAUUACACAGGAUGGUUUUCGUUUUUUUUGUAUGAUCUUUGAACUUUAUUGGAAAGCCCAAAGCUUAAACAAGUCUGUGUUAUUAAGGACAUUCAACAAACAGCUAAAUUACUCAAAACGCCAAUGACAAGAAUGCUUUCCUAUGUUACGGUUUCAUCAAUCUUAAAACUGUUAAAAAUGUAAUUCUGGAUUCUUUGCACAUCAUGUGAUGUAACAUCCAGUCAUAUGAUCGUUCUAGCAUGUAAUGAGACAUGCGUUCGUUUACAGGUAUCGCAUGCAUCAGGACAGCAGUACAUGAAGCGGCACCUUUUAAAAUCUCUUUGACAUUUACAGCUGUCCUAUUUCUGAUUUGGAGUCCUUUGUCCAUAUUAAUGUGCUUUUGGUUUUCUCAAAGUCAAGACAUCAAUGAAACUUUUUGGUGCCUCAACCAAUGAGGAAUCAGAAUAAGUCAAAGGCUCCAAGAGUGCACAAAUGAUAGAGGCUUGUUUGCUCUGUUUUUUUAUUUUUUUCCUCAAGUUAUUUUUAGGACAUCAUGUGACAUUUAACCUUGCAUUUUGUAUACAACUGACUACUUUUAAGUAGAUUAAAAAAAACAUCUGAGCACUAUUUAUUACAGUCUGACAACAGAAGGGUGUUUCAGUCCCCCUCUGUCCUCUGUGUGUAUUUGCCCCAGUGUCUGCCUGCCCGCACUCUUUUUGUACUCUUUUAAAACUUUUGUAAUUAUUUCUUUGUAGCUAUAAAAAAAAAAAAAAAAGAGUAAAGAAAUAAGCAAAAAAAGAAAACCCAAACAAACUAUCAGAGGUCGGUUGGAGCGUGUACAGCUAAGACCUCAGUUUUGCUCUCUCUGAGUCCGAUGUAUUCUCGGAUGUCCCCACACUUGCUCUUUAUUUCCCCAGUCAAACGUUUUGGGUUGCAAAAUUUCCCCCUUGCAUUGCAUUGAUCUGUUGUCAUUUGAAUCAGAUCUGGAGUCCAAAAUAAAGUAUAUUUUGAUAUUA